AUGCAGAUGAUGGCAGGUCAAAUCACCGCCGUCGACGCAAUUAAUGCGCUUCCAGAUAUCCAGCAAAACGAACAAUCAUAUGGGGACGACACACAAGCGCCGUUCGCCACCAAAGAGGAACAUAGUGGUGCGCUACCCACCGCGUUCUGGAAUGGCAGUGAUCCAUCGAACAUCAACUUGAAAGAUCAUGAUUUCACGGGCAACUUCGUGUCUCCCCUAAAUCCGAUAGUAGCUGAGAGUUUACCAUGGGAUGAUGGACUCGAUGAUCUCUCUAGCUUCCAGCCUAACGAAAGCGAUCCUUCCAGCCCCAUAGGGUCGUUACAACGCUUCUCACAGCUGACCGAUCAGCAUUUCUCUACCGGCUUUCUUCGGUCGAGAGAAUCCCAAUUCAGCCAAAAGGACAAAUAUAUUGCGCAACCUGGACUUAGCAUAUCCAAGUCAACAGGGCUGUCGCAUUCAUCACCCCUCUUAGAAUUGACGUGGGCAGAAGAAUCCACGGAAGCGGACAGUUUGAUUCCAAUGAAUCUAGACAGUCACACCGUCAGCCUCGCCCGCCUCAUCUUCGGGCAAUCUUUCAUCAUUGGAGUGGGGGUCACGUUCGCAGGGACAUAA